CACACCUUCGAUUUUUAUUUAUUUAUUUAUUUAUUUUGCAGAUUGAAGCAAAUUUUGUGACCACAUGGUGCUCGUCCAACCAGUCCGACAAGACAGGAGGACAAUGACGGAGCGAGGAAAGUAGGAAAAUUAAGGAAGCAUUGGCUGUGUUGUGAUGAUGAUGGUUGACACUGUGAGGUAGAUGAGAGAGCAGAGAGCAGUAAAGGGGGAGAGAGAGAGAGAGAGAGAGAGAGAGAGAGAGAGAGAAUAUUUAAUUCGAAGCUUUUGAACACUUUUUUUUUUUUAAACUUGCUGAUGGAGAACACAGAAGUGAACGUAGAGCAUGGCGAGAACCCACCACCGUACUACCUGGUGGUGAAGCCAAGUGGUCCUCCACCUCCAUAUGCAAUGGUCCAGCCGUUACCGAGCACCCCUCCAGUUGUUCCCUACUCCAACCAACCUCUUCCUCAACUACUUGCUCCUCAUGUGCCUCAACGAGUUAUCACUACCAUAGAACAAGGUCAACCAGACCCGAGGCAGAGCAGACUGGUGGUGACACGACAUAAAAAAGCUCGCUGCUAUGGAGGCUCAGGAGGCUCUCUUCUUAUUUUACUUUUUACUGGAAUUGUAAUCUGGCUGGGAGUGCGAUACGGCGUGUCAGUGAUGUCCAGAGGGAAGUCUGACACGUGUCCGUCCAAUACCGUCAUCUGUGACGGGCAUACCGAUUGCCAAAAGGGCAGCGACGAGACGAUCUGCGUGAGGUUUGGAGAAGGAAAUGAACUGCAGGUCAUGACUUCAAACUCCAGCGGCUUCCUUCCCAUUUGCUAUGCUGACUGGAAUCACAGCCUGGCUACCCAGACCUGUCAACAACUCGGGUUCAGAGGAAGUUACAAGUAUGGAGCCUUAACAUCCACCUCAAAAUCAUUCCUCUUUGUGACCUCUGAAUCUUCAGACACCAUACAGGGAAAGGUGGACGUUGGCACCAGGUGUCCUGGUGAAAAGGCAACAUUUCUCCAAUGUACUGACUGCGGGCUUCCGAGGACCAGCUCCCGGAUCAUCGGAGGCAGUGUGGCGACUCCGGGACUCUGGCCAUGGCAGGCCAGCCUGCAUUUCGAGGGUUCUCAUGUGUGCGGAGGGUCAGUGGUGUCACAAGAUUUCAUAGUGAGUGCUGCACACUGCUUUCCCAGUGACCCUGCUUACUGGCAGUUGGCUGUUAACUGGCGUGUGUACCUGGGCGUGGAGUCACAGUACAUGCUGCCGCCUCCGCAUUACGUAGCUGACAUCAUUAUACACGAGUCGUACAACCCCAACACACACGACAACGACGUCGCGCUGCUCAAACUCACCCAGCCCAUCAACUUCACCAGAUCGGUCCAGCCUGUCUGUCUCCCUGCGUUUGACCAGGUUAUUUCUACAGACACACAAUGCUGGAUAACAGGAUUUGGAACAACACAGGAAGGAGGAGCCCUUGGUUCCAGUCAGCUUAUGGAGGUAGCAGUAGAUAUCAUUGACACAUCUGUAUGUAAUGACGCCUACAAAGGACUCAUCUCUAAUGACAUGCUGUGUGCAGGAGAUAUGGAAGGGGGGAGAGACGCCUGCCAGGGUGACAGUGGAGGUCCUCUGGUGUGUCAGGAGGAAGACGGGCGCUGGUAUCUCUACGGCGUGACGAGCUGGGGGAGUGGGUGUGGCCGCGUGAACAGCCCGGGCGUCUACAGCAAUGUUCACAGCCUUCUAGCAUGGAUCCACAGCAAGAUGGAGGAAGACAGGCCGUGAGGACACCGCUGUGGGACGUGGGAAGCACAAGCUUGAGAUCAUGUCAGGACUGAUCACUUAUCACCAGGGAUUGUUGUUGAUGCUUUCGUUUCAGUUCUCCUUCGCACACGUGUUAAGACGUAUCCCGUCACGGUGGUAUUCACAAUGCUUCUAAGCAAAAUGAGGCUUCUUGGAUAUUACAGUGUAUUCAUGAGUACACAAGCAGCAUCGUUGUACUGUAUUGUCUCGUAAGGCUCCUCCCACCUGUACCUUUGAUUGGUGAUCUGGUCUCCUCUGAUUGAGUGAUUAGUUUUGAUAAGAAUACGGACCUUCCUUGGGUCUGUGGUCAACGUGCUCUGCGGUCCCACUGCUCUCCCUCUAGUUGCACAAUACCACGUUGGGAUCAUCUUAAACCAAUAAAAGAAUGAAAAGUAGUAUAACUCAUCUAGAUUUUAUUCAUACAAUCAUACUGAAUCGCCAUGCAAUCAUUUCUGUCCCCGCGCCGUGACUGUGAGAGAGCCGCGCGCUCGGAACACUAAAUAAAUAAAGGCUUUCGUGUGAACGUAUACGGUAUGUCGUGACCCGAAGUGCUUUAUUUUUCUCACGCCACAUUCUCAUUACCAAUCGACUAUUAACUAUCAACUGACACAGCACACUUUUUAACCGUUUAUCGUUACAUUUAACGUAUACAUUUAACGAUACUGCUGUGCUAAGACGUAACUUAGCGUCAGGUAGCAAGCAGGAGCUGGAAGUUUCCGGCAUUUCCCAGAAUCCAGAAUUUGAAAUGUGUGACUGGUUACACCUCAGUUAUCUACGUACUGUCUAUAUCUACACCUGACAUUUCAUCCGCCGUACAGUAAACGUAGCGUGUCGUCUGGUAUGGGUAUUUCAUUUUCGUACCCACUACCCGUUCUGUAUUUUCCAGCGAGUCUCUUUGGUCUGAGUGACUUAACUCUCCUGUGGGCUACAAUAACUCAGCCAGGCUUUAAACAGCUCUGUUCCAGUACGGCCAUUACACAAAACAUCAGCAGGGUAAUGAGGCGUGUGUUUCGCUCGAAUAUCUGAACGUUCAGAGUGCUCGUAGCCUGAAGGUCCACGUCGUCACAUGUCUUUGGCAUGGUCAUGAGUUUAAAUCCAGUUCGUAAUGUUAAAAAUGUUAUGCCCUUGCCGUUAAAUUGCUGAGCGACUGGACUUAAUAAUCCAGUAAAUUGCUCUGGGCAAAACUUUAAGCGUAUGUAUAAAGGCGUGUCAUUUGUGUCCCAUUGAUAUUAUAUUAGCCUAUAUUACACGCACUAAUCUGUCGAAACACCUCCAUCAUCUACAUCAUCUACAUCACCUACGUCACCUACAUCAUCUACAUCACCUACAUCACCUACAUCAUCUACAUCACCUACAUCACCUACAUCAUCUACAUCACCUACAUCAUCUACAUCAUUUACAUCAUCUACAUCACCUACAUUACCUACAUCAUCUACAUCACCUACAUCACCUACAUCAUUUACAUCACCUACAUCAUCUACAUCAUUUACAUCACCUACAUCACCUACAUCAUCUACAUCAUCUACAUCACCUACAUCACCUACAUCAUCUACAUCACCUACAUCGACUCACGAUCACAACCGAUAAGGAAAUGAUUUCAUUGACGUCACACUUGAAUUACAGUCAAAUAAUUUUUCUCUUUUAAUGGAGACAUUGCUUUUAUACAACACUUCCAUAAGCAAGAAAUGAAUACAGAUGAACCGACAUUUCAAACACAAUACCGUCGAAUAUUUUGAUCAUUUUUGCUCCGUCAAUGAAAAUAGUUCCCGAAGAACCCGUCGCUGGAUAGAGCCUUGCGUUUUGUUGGUCCAGUCAGAUUUAUAGAACACAAACAGGUUUAAUAAUUAUAUUAACGUUCUAAUUCCUUCUCGUUUCUAUAGUAACAGCUCGUUCACAGGGACUUGUACAGCCGAAGCUCCAUGUUAAACUAAGGCUAAUGAUAAACAGAUUUGUUUUUGGGUUGUUGUUUUUUUAAGUGCUGAUAUGGUUGAUCAGUUUUCUGUUAGAAGAACGUUUAUUUAACAUCGAUGGAAGGAGUCUCGAGUGAAGGUGCUGUGUAGAAGUUUUCCGACACAGACGUUAGUCCCUGUUAUUCAUUACAGUGUAGUAGAUACGCAGUUAUUCCCUCACCCGCCCCUCUUUUAUUUCUCUCUCUUUCUUGAAUGAGGCACAAACAAAAAAGAGUCAGAACGUGAUGUUACUCAGAAGCCGGAAAGAACAAACUCAAUUUAACAAAAUACUCAAUUUAAGUUGGUUUAUUUCUUCUUCUUCUUCCCUCUUCUUCUUCUUCUUCUUCUUCUUCUUAUUAUUAUUAUUAUUAUUAUUGUGUUAGCAGGUGCAUUUUCAGGUAAAAGAAUCCUGAAGGUUAGGGUGUUGCAGCCCCCUCAGCACCCUCACCUCCCACCCCCUUUGCCCUGAAGCGAUGUGUUGUUUUUGUAAAACACAUUGCCUCCCAAUGAUUAACCGUAGCAUGAGAUCCUUCACCUCACUGAUAUUUAACUUUCCAAUGAAUUCAUGUAUUAUCUACUAGACCGGGCUUCAGGAAUGACCUUGUCUCUGGAGCAAACUUUUGUUUGUCUCUGGCUGUAUAUGAAAUAAAAUAGAUUUUUUUUAAAAACUUAAAAAAUUAAAAAUACAAAAGCAGCAAAGCAAAACCAAAAAUAAAUAAAUAAAUAAACCAACCAUUCUGUUCUGAACUGAUCUCUCUCUC